AUGGCACCGACGUCGACGCCGGCCAGUAAUUACCCUCCGGUGAAGCUGCCACAUCCGUUCCUGACAUCAUACCGCGUUCAAACUGUCGCCCAAUCAAUACCAGCCAAGCUCGUCUUGACCUUUGACGAGCAGCAGCCCGAACAUGGACGUCCAUUGCAGGAGCCCCUUCAUAUCGACUCCCUCUUCUGGCUCGAUCUGACCCCGCCACCACAAAAUGAGCGCCCGCCCAUCGCCGACAACAGCCCUUGGGCCCGCGCCCGCCGGAGUCCCUCGACCGUCUUCACUUGGACCGGUGCCGGUGCCCCCUCGCUCGGGCCGGUUUGGAACGUAGUUCACGCCAUCUACCUCGCAUACCCGACACACGAGUAUUUCAGGGUGACGCUCGCUGGUGAAGGGAAGGACCUGCUCAAGGACACGCUCCUUGCUACGGGCCUGGCCAUUGAGCAUCCCAAGCCGCGCUGGGACGCCCGCGGGCCACCCGCUGGGACCAAGAUGCCGGUCGUGACCGGUGAAGCAGAGCUGCUGGUUCUCCGAAGCUCCUUCUGGCAAGGGGCUGCCUCACCGAUGGGCCCCCGCCCGAUUUGGGUGGUGGGAGAUGGCACGGAUAGCCAUUUGCUGAAGUCCCUGGCCGACUUCCCCAUCAUGCCCGAGAACUUCCAAAUCACGAACAAGUUUCCCGAUGGUGAGCCUGUCUUCACCCGCCAUCCAAUACGUCGGCCGAAGCCACAGCCUGGCUCCAUUGUCUACAGCCGCUACGUUCCCGAGCUCGACACGCACUUCUCUCUCGAAGCGGUGGACUGGCAGAACAAAGAACAUUUGGAGCUGUUCAAUAAGUGGCAGAACGACCCGCGCGUUGCGGCCGGGUGGAACGAAACAGGGACACUCGACCAGCAUCGCGAGUAUCUGCGCAAGCUGCACUUUGACCCGCAUGUCCUCUGCCUGUUUGGGCGCUUCGACGACUCUCGGUUUGCCUAUUUCGAGCUUUACUGGGCAAAGGAAGACCACUACGGAGCGCAUUGGGACGCCGGCCACUACGACCGCGGGCGGCACUCGCUCGUGGGUGACGCGUCGUUCCGUGGCGCGAAGCGGGUUACGGCGUGGUACUCGAGCUGUAUCCACUACUGCUUUCUCGACGACCCGCGCACGGCCAACGUGGUGGGAGAGCCCAAGGCCUCGGGCGCCAUCAUCCUCUCAUACGAAAACUCGCAAGGUCUCACGAUCGGCAAGUACGUCGACCUGGGCCACAAGCGGUCGGUACACUCCAUCUGCAGCAGGGAAAAGUGGUUCCAGCUAUGCCCGUUGUUUUGGGAUGGGAGGGAGAAGCCGUUGGAGAUCACCAUGAAGGCUGUCAACACAUUCUCGGGCUACGGCCGCCUGCUGCUGGCCGGCAACCCUACCAAGCUCGACCUCUCCACGCUCGCAGCAGCCAUCGUGUGCGCCAUCGCCUCAGGCGUACCCUUCCCCCUGAUUGGCAUCUUCUUCGGCCAGCUGCUCAACGAUUUUAACGAGGUGACGUGCGUCGAGGAGGCCGGAUCCUCGGUGGACCCAGCCACGGCCGACGCCUACCAGCGCAGCGUCAACGACAAGAUCCUCAUGAUCUUUUAUUUGGCUAUCGCCCAGUUCGUCACCAUCUACGCCCACCUAACAUGCUGGACACUGUACGGCUCGCGCCUGGCCCAGCGCCUACGCGAGCGUUAUCUUGCUAGGCUGCUUACGCAGGAGCCGUCGUACUUUGACGGCUUGCCAGCGGGAGAGGUUGCGCAGCGCCUCAGUGCGGAUGUGCAGACUAUUCGGUCUGGCACGUCCGAGAAGGUCGGAAUCUGUCUGUCGAGCGUGUCGUUUUUUGUCACGGCCUACAUUGUGGCCUUUAUCAAGAACUGGGAGCUGGCUGCCAUGCUUAUCUCGCUGUUGCCGGCAUACUUUUUGAUGUCGUUUGUGGGCAGCCACUAUAUUGAGAAGUACUCUGGGCUAGUGGCGGACCACGCGGCCACGGCUGCGUCGAUUGCGUCCGAGGCACUGUCCAAUGUCGUUGUGGUGCAGGCGUUCGGGGCGAAUAACCGGCUGGAGGGCAAGUUCGCCGAGGCGCUGUCUGCGUCGAAGCGCGAGGGGGUGAAGAAAGCCACGGCCGUGGGCAUACAGUCUGGUGUGCUGUACUUCAUCGCAUACGGUGCGAACGGUUUGGCGUUCUGGCAGGGGAGUAGGCGGAUUGCCGAUGCUGCGGGUCAGAAGUCAGGGGGGGCUACAGUUGGUGACACGUUCACUGUCAUCUUCAUUCUGAUUGAGGCUACCUUGCUCUUGAGCCAGGUCGCGCCCUUUGUCCACCUCUUCGUGGCUGCCGUUGCUUCGUUCCGGAAGUUGCGCGAGGAGAUGGACCGCGAGUCCAAGAUCGACGGGACGGCAGCAUCAGGCGUCCAGCUUUUGUCACAGCAGACGGAAAAGUUAAGUCUGGGCUUCGAGCUGAAGGGCGUAUCGUUCAGCUAUCCCUCCAGGCCCGAGAUAACUGUCCUGGACAAGAUCAAUAUCAGCAUCCCGGCAUCGAAGCACACCGCUAUUGUGGGUCUGUCAGGAAGCGGCAAGUCCACCGUCGCGGCCUUGGUGACGAGACUGUACGAUCCAACGGGCGGCAGCGUUCUGUUCGGCGGCCAUGACCUCCGCGACGUCAACGUCCGUGAACUGAGGAGCUUCAUCAGUCUGGUGCAGCAGGAGCCCUCUCUCCUAGACCGGUCCCUGUUGGAGAACAUCGCACAUGGCUUGAUCAACUCAGGCAAUCCCGCCCAUGAGCACUUGAAGACGAAGCUCCUCGGCUCCGACCUGGCAGACCUGGCUGCAGAGGUGAGGAAAGGGAAAGAUCUCGCUACCGCUGCGGAGCAACGGGGCGCCAAUGUCGUCGAGAUUGUAAAACUGGUGCAAAGCGCAGCAAAGCUUGCCGACGCCGACGGCUUCAUCACUCGACUUCAACACGGAUACGGCACGGUGGUGGGAUCCAGCGGGCGGCUGAUCAGCGGCGGUCAGAAACAGCGUGUGGCUCUGGCCAGGGCUCUGGUCAAGGAUCCUGCUGUUCUCGUCCUGGACGAGGCCACGGCCGCGCUCGACUCGAGAAGCGAGGAGCGGAUCCAGCGGGCCAUCGCCAACAUCUCGACCGGCCGAACCGUGCUCACCAUCGCCCACCGCCUCUCGACCAUCACCGGGGCGGACAACAUCAUCGUGAUGCAUAAGGGGCAGGUCGUUGAGCAAGGUAAUCACGCCACACUCAUGGCCAAGCACGGGUCCUACGCCGAGCUGGUCAGGUUGCAAACCCUCGCUCCCAAGAAAGAAAAGACUGCCACUACUGCAAGGUCAUUAAACGAUUGCGAAUUGGACAUUGCCAGCAUGACAUCACGCAGUGAUGCCGAGGACGGGGAAGUCGAGAAGCAUGGGAAUCGCACCUCGAUAAGCGAGGCUCCCGCCCCAUUUAUUGCCAAUGGGGGUGAGGGUGACGGGGAAGAAGGGGAGCGUGAGACACCGUCCAAGUCCCUGUGGGCUUUAGUCAAAGGGUACGCCCCGGCCGUGCGGCCGCACCUUCUCGUCAUCGCUCUCGCCCUCAUCGGCUCCGUCGUGGUCGGCGGAGCAUUUUCGGGCGAGGCCGUCAUCUUUGGAAACACGGUCGACAGCCUCAACAUCUGCCGUAGCCCGGACAGCAUCCGGUCAAGCGGCGACUUUUUUGGUCUGAUGUUCUUUGUGCUCGCCAUCAUCGAGUUCUUCGCCAACGCCGUCAGCUGGACAGGCUUCGGCUGGGUCACAGAGCGCAUUGUUUACUCGGUGCGCGUGCUCUCGUUCCGCUCCCUCUUCGAACAGGACAUCCAGUGGCACCAGUCCAAGGGCCGUACCCCAGCCGUGCUGCUGUCGUACAUCACGCGCGACGGCAACGCCCUGGCCGGGCUCAGCGGCUCCGUCAUCGGCACGCUUUUCUCCAUCACCGUCAACAUGGUCGCGGCCAUCGUGCUCACGCACAUCAUCUCGUGGCGCAUCGCGCUCGUGUGCCUGGCACUUGUGCCGCUGCUCCUCGGCGCGGGGCUCAUGGAGCUGCACGUCCUGGGCAAGUUCGAGGAGCGCCACGAGAGUGCGUAUACCAAGUCCGUGGACAUAGGCACCGAAGCCAUCUCGUCGAUCAAAACCAUCGCCGCGCUGUCGCUUGAGGAGGAGACGCUUCGCACGUACCGUCGAAGUCUGAGCGGCCCACGCAAGGAGACGCUCAGGGUAACGGUGCAGGCCAGCCUGUGCCAGGCCAUUACCUACUUCCUGGGGAACUGCGUGAAUGCACUGGCGUACUGGUGGGGUGCGAAGCAGAUCAUUGCUGGGAACGUCUCGACGGCGCAGUUCCUGAUUGUCGUGUUUUCGCUGCUGGUCAGCGCACUGCUCUGGAGCCAAAUGUUUGCCCUGGCGCCCGAGCUGUCUAGUGCCCGUGCAGCCAUGGCAAGGAUAUUGGGGCUAAUCGAGAUUGGGUCCGACGGGAUGCAGGGGAGGGCGGCUCCUCGUGCUGAUGGGGCUGCCGGAGGCAGCGCAGACUCUCCCUCGUCCCCUACCAAGUCCGAUGCUUCCUUCGAAGAGAAGUCCCUCGAAGCUUCUAGCCUCCCUCAUCACUCAAGCAACAGUCGAGCCGCCAGCGUGCAGUUUCGCGAUGUCUACUUUUCCUAUCCCGCCCGGCCAGACGCCCAGGUGCUCAAGGGGCUGAGCAUCGACAUGAAGCCAGGCAGUUUCUGCGCUCUUGUCGGGCCGAGCGGUGCCGGCAAGUCGACCAUCAUCUCGCUGGUUGAGCGGCUGUACACGCCGCAGUCGGGUGCUAUCCUCAUCGAUGGCGUCGACGUGACAAAGAGCCGGGACACAGCUUUCCGCGACUCGAUCGCCCUGGUCCCACAGGAGAGCAUGCUGUUUGAGGGCAGCAUCGAGUUCAACAUCGGGUUAGGUGCGCGGCCUGGUCACAAGGCGACUAUGGACGAGGUUGUGGCGGCCUGCAAGCUCGCCAACAUCCACAAUGUUAUUGAGGCCUUGCCAGACGGCUAUAAGACUCUAUGCGGUCCGAACGGGUCCCAAUUCUCGGGGGGUCAAAAGCAGAGGUUGUCGAUUGCGCGUGCGCUCGUGAGGAAACCCAAACUGCUGAUCCUGGAUGAGCCGACCAGCGCCCUGGAUGCCGAGUCAGAACGGCUGCUGCAGGAUGGCUUGGAGAAAGCAUCGAGGGGUAUCACUGUCAUUGCCAUCGCCCACCGUCUGCAUACGAUCCGCAAGGCGAACCGCAUUUUCUGGAUCGAGGACGGGCGAUGCGUCGACUCUGGAACGCACGACGAGUUGUUUGAGAAAUCGCCGGGCUAUAGGGCGAAUGUGAUGCAUCAGACGGUGGCAGAGUGA